AUGUCGCUCGGGAAUCUGGAUCCCGAGGAGAAAGAUGAGGACGGCAACCUGCUGUGGGACGAUAUUGUCCCAUUUUGUUAUCUAUCUCCCGCAUACAGUUUCAAUGACCUUGAGAUUUUGCGUUGUUAUGGACUUGAAGUGGUUUACAUGGAAGACCUUGUGGCGCGAGCUGAGGCAGACCUUGAAUUGCCGCGUUCAAGGAUGAGGACCUCAAAGAUGAGGAUUGGCUUUCCCGCAUCAACCGAUCAUGUUCGAAACGCAAUAUUUGAACGCUAUCGUUCCUCUGCAAGCACGGCCAAUGUCAGCCUCCAGACCUCUCGAAAACAUCUGGAGUACCUGUAUCUGACCCAGAAGCACGAGAGUGUCGUUGUGCCGCUCGCUUUCAGCCGUAUAUAUGUUUGCUCAGAGGGAGAAGAGGCUCUUUUCCCGAGGAAGGUAGAUGUAUACAAAGCCGACAACAGCGACUACGGCGUAAAGAAACUGCUGAAAGCUACGCCACCCGGCCCAAAGCCUGGCGAUGGCACGCCAGGGCUUUCUGUUCCAACCUUGCAUCGAAUUUAUCAAGAAGACAUCCCUGAAAGUCCACCAGGGCAUCCCUUGACCUGGAACGGCUUCCUCAACAAGUACCUCGACAUCUAG